CUUGCGGUUGGGUCGGUUUAAACGUUGGAGCUCAUUUUCACGAAAGCGUCGUUCAAGCUGUCUUCAUUCCUCCGCCCAGAUGGAACCCAGUCGCCAUAGCCGUGCUUCCACGGAUGAGAACAUGCUUCUGUUCUCCAUGCGAGACCGGUUAUCUGGAGAUUCGAAACCCACCCGAGACUCUUCCGUCAGCUCAACCGAUUCUCUGACCAACAGCAGAAAAACCGCUAAUGAGCAGUUUGAUGCCGAAGAUUUCGAAUCAUUCUCUGAAGAUGCGACGCUUGUGCAAGCUGCUCAGCAGUCGCCGUUCAUUCCACCUGCUGAUGUUUCCACCAAACUGACGUCCAAACAGUCGAAUUUGAGGAGACAGGGAAUGAACCUGUUUUGGAUCCUUGCGUGGUAUGUGUUUUGCCACGUUUCUAUCGGUGUAUAACAAAUGGAUGUUUUCCGAGAAGUACUACAACUUCCAAUUUCCAUUGUUUGUGACAAGCAUGCAUAUGCUCGUGCAAUUUACGUUUGCCGGCCUCACUUUGGCGGUUCUUCCAAAGUUCAAGCCCAAGAAACGUCCCUCCGCCAAAAAUUAUCUCUACAAGGUCUGUCCGUGUGCAGCUGCCACCAGUCUUGACAUUGGUCUUUCCAACCUGUCUUUGAAGACAAUCACAUUGUCCUUUUAUACCAUGUGUAAAUCUUCCACGCUGGCAUUUGUGCUGAUAUUUGCUUUUCUGUUCAAACUCGAACAGCCAAGACUCAAAUUGAUUGCCAUCAUUGUUAUCAUCACCGCUGGUGUUGUGUUAAUGGUGUCCGAUGAAACAGACUUUGUGGUGGUGGGAUUCGCGGAAGUCAUGGCUGGUGCUGUACUAGGAGGUCUGCGCUGGUCGCUUACGGAAAUCCUCCUCAGAAAAGAAAGUCUUGGAUUAAGUAAUCCUUGUGCAUCCAUAUUUUACCUUGCUCCCGUCCAAGGUAUCAUCUUGAUUGUCAUAUCCGGGUUUGUUGAAGGUUAUUUCAACAUCUUUCAAAGCGCAUUUUUCCUCACGUUUAAAGAGGGCUUGCAUACGAUGUUGGUCAUGCUAUUUGGCGGUGUCUUAGCGUUCCUAAUGAUUAUGUCCGAAUUCUUCCUUAUCAAGCGGACCUCUGUUCUUACCCUGAGUGUUUGUGGUAUUUUCAAAGAAGUGGCCACCAUUACUGUUUCCGCCAUUGUCUUUGGGGACAAGCUCACAGUGGUUAACAUCAUGGGCUUGUGCGUCACGUUGUUCGGUAUUGCACUCUACAAUUGGAUGAAGUUCCAUGAACGCCGACCAGAGCAGAUUGAGUUGGGUCAAGAAGUGGAUGCCGGAUACGAGGAACCACGACGAACACAGAUGUAUAGUCAAGUGGCGGAGAGCACACCAAUGCUACUAGUCGACAACGAGUAUCAUGAUGAAGAGGACUCGGAAAGCGAUAUAGAACUUGAAGCAAAUAGACAUACAGCAGCAGCACAUUGAUGAUGCAUCCGCUUUAAUACAUUGUAGCCACCCCUAUCAUAGUUUAUAUUUUUUGGUGUUUCCCACCAUCCAUAAAUGAUACCCUUUGCAACAUCACUAUCUCGUUAUAAAUCUUUCAUUUGGAUAAUGUGAAAGA